CUUUCUGUCAUCUCAUUGGAGCCGGACAGAACAUUUAUUUUACGAUAGCAAAGGUCUUUAGUUGGGAAAGUACGUGUUUCUUGUACCAUCAAAGUAGGAUAAAAUCCCAACUUGUAAUCUCUGUCCAGUCUCGUGUCUAUCUCUCAAAGAAGAGACCCAAAAAUCGCAACUUUUUGCAAACAAUAAUUAGGCUCACAUCACAAUGGCAUCGUCUUCGGCAAAUUCGUUGGACAACUACAAAUUGAGCUGUGAAUUGUUGGGUCAUAGCAUGGAUGUUCGUUCUGUUUGCGCUGCAGCGGCUACGGAGGGGGGAGAAAUGAUAGCAUCGGGUUCCAGAGAUAAAACUGCCAAGUUAUGGAAACCUAUAGACAAUACUUAUAUAGAGGCUGUCACACUACAAGAUCAUACAAACUUUUUGGCUUGCGUAUUCCAUCAUGCCGAAGAGCGUUGGCUAUGUACCGGCAGCAAUGAUGCAACAGUGUGCAUUUAUAAAGAAAAUGCCCUUAUACCCAUACUCACCCUUAAGGGUCAUGAGUCCACUGUUUGUUCCAUAGCAGCGGGUGUGGAGCCACAUAGUAUAGUCACCGGUAGCUGGGACAAAACGGCUCGUAUAUGGAAUAUAGAUGAAACGGGUAGUUAUACUUUUGUUGAAUUGAAGGGACACGAAGCCGCCGUUUGGGCUGUUGCCUCUAUGACCCACCUUAAGAAGUUUAUAACGGGCUCAGCUGAUAAGACAAUAUGUUACUGGAAUACCAAGGGCGAGAAAUUGCGCCUUCUCAAAGGUCAUACGGAUUGUGUGCGUGGUAUAUUGGCUUUAAGCAAUGGCGGUUUGAUAUCCUGUGCCAAUGAUGCCACCAUACGUUAUUGGAAUGAAGAUGGUGAAUGUAUGCAUGAAAUGUGUGGCCAUACCAAUUAUAUCUAUUCGGUGGCCCUACUGAAGGCUUUUGGCGACAAUUGUAUAGUAUCUUGCGGAGAAGAUAGCACUCUACGUAUGUGGGAUUUAACAACGGGACAAGAGUUGGGGCAACCUUUGGUGCAUCCCGCCCAAUCAGUGUGGUCUGUGGCAUGCCUACGCAAUGGGGAUAUUGUCACAGGAUCCAGUGAUGGCAUUGUUAGAGUUUUCACCAAAGACAGUAGCCGAGCGGCGCCUGAAUCUGUGCUAAAGUCCCAUACUUUAGCAGUGGAGACCAGGAUGCAGCAAAAAUCCGAGGACUUGGGUGGUGUUAAGAAAACCGAUCUUCCAGGUCCUGAAUCCUUAUUGACCAAUGGCACCCGAGAAGGUCAAACUAAAAUGGUUAGACAUCCAGAUGGCUCUGUUAAAUGUUAUAUAUGGGAAUUGGGUAACUGGAAGUUGGUGGGUGAUGUUACCGGUGCCUCGGGGGCAACUCAAGAGACCUCAGGCAAAAAAUUGCAUGAGGGCAAGGAAUAUGACUAUGUAUUUUCAGUGGACAUUUCUGAUACCGAACCCCCAUUGAAACUGCCUUACAAUCGUGGUGAAGAUCCUUGGCAUGCAGCCCAAGCAUUUAUACAUCGCCAUCAAUUGCCUCAGGCUUAUCUGGAUCAAGUGGCUAAUUUUAUAGUCAAAAAUGCUGAUAGUGCUCCACUACCAACGGCUACCAAUACAGGAGCUUAUCAGGACCCCUUUACUGGAGGCAAUCGUUAUGUGCCAGGUUCCACCAAUUCCAAUAUGCAAUCAGCUGGUAAUUUAGAUCCUUUUACUGGAGCCUCAAGUUACAGCACUGCCGCCAGUCAAGCUGCACCCAAAGUUGAUGUUAAUUUUGUUAAAGGGGAGAAGCAUUUUCCUGUUAGCACAUAUAUAACCUUUGAUACUUGCGAUCCCACAAAAGUAUUGGAAAAACUAAAAGAAUUUAACAACAAAUUACCAGCUUCCAAUGAAAAAGUGUCUGAAACACUUUUGGAGGCCUGCAUCAAACUAACUGAACCAGCACCCGAGGUUGAGCGGACAACUAUAGAGGCUUUACAAAUUUUGAUGCAAUGGCCUAGUGAAUUACUAUUUCCCGUCAUCGAUAUUGUGCGUUUAGCUGUACGCAAUGAAUCCAUUUUUACCGUUUUGAAUUCUAUGAAUUUCUUAGAUUCACUAUUGCCACACAUCACUUCCUCUGUACCAAAUCAACUUAUGAUCAUUAGAACUUUGGCCAAUAGUAUGAAGCAUGCGGCUGGCCGCGAACAAGUUGAUAGCCGUCUGGCCCCAUUGGUGGAGCACAUCAACAGCAUCAAAUCGGGAAGCAAUAAUCUACAAAUAGCCAUUGCAACAUUCUAUCUGAAUCAGACGGUGACUCAGACUACGGGUUUGGCAAAUGGUAAUAAGUGUCGCAUACUAACCGAAGGUUUGAUAGAAUUUUUGAAAUGGGCCACAGAUUUGGAGGCCUGUUAUCGUUGCAUACAGGCGCUUGGCAAUAUGACAACUACGCCUUUUGGUCAAGAGACUUCGGCCUUGGUGAUCUCAGUGGACUAUGUAAUGGAUAAACUGCGUGAAUUAACCAAUACACCACAGGUGGAGGUCUAUAGUAAAAUCAAUAAGGCAGGCUCUGCAUUACUAGCGGCCUUCUAAUAACGAGAAAACCAAAAUCAAUGAAUGUGUCAAGGUUUAAAACUAGCCAUGCAAGUCAGAAAGUGUGUACUAAGCUAAGUUCAGAACAAUAUCACACACACACACACACACAUAUACCCAAACAUUUUAUAAAUCUAUCAGUAAAACACUCACUCACGCAUUUCUUUUGUAACUUUGAAGCAAAAUGAAAAGACUAAAUAAAAUUUUGCGUUCAAUAUUUA